UUCCAGCAGCAGCAGCAGCAGCGGCGGUGGUUGGGGUAUCCUGCUGGCCCCGGGCUGAAACCUGUUGCUCCGUAGUUCCGCGUUGUGCAAUGGACGGGUGAGUUAUCCCACCAACACUCACAGCAAAGCUUGUUUUCUGAUUGUUUUACGUGCAUCUCCGAGCUUUUACCCCAGCACCCCGUUAGAAAAGGUUAUUCCAGAGCGAGACUGGUGUUUUUGGUGUUAGCUCAGCUUCGGGUAAAGUUGUUGUUUGUUGUAGCAGGAAGCUGAGCUAGCUGAGGGAGCUAGCAGUAGUGUUAGCCUUAGAACGGGCCAUUCUCUGCGGGCACACCUCCACACCAAUCUCCAUUCACUAAACCCGCAGGUUAGAUGUAGCCUCAUAUACAUGAGAAUAUGUGUUUGUUUUUUCAACAUAAAACCUUUACGGUAUGAGAAUUUUGUUUUUCGACGAGUUAGUCCGCAGCAGAAGAAAUGUGGUUCAGAGCAGCUCGAUGCUCUCACGCCCACCGUCUGUGAAAAAGUUUCCAUUCUGUCUCAGGUGAAGGAAACUCAGGUGUCAAACACUGGCCGAAUUGAAGGGUUCAGUGAGUUGAUUCUUUAGAUGUUAAAUGGAAUCACUCUGAUCGGUCGUUUGUUUUGAUUAUGCAGAUCAGUUUGAAUUGAUCGAAAUCGCGAUGAAGUUCUGACCUGAGACUCGGUGGAAGCUCGCUUUCAACAGAUCUGAGUUAUUGACAGCCUGGUUUCACUAAAAGCUAAUGUGUCCCGUAAGUUAUAUGCAUGCCGAAUUAUAGUCUGUGUGUUCCCGUUUCUCUUAGCAUAUAAGAAGUAGGAUUUGUUUUGAUUAUUAGGAAGAGAUCCAUGCAUUUGUAAAUUUGUAAUUUGUUUUAUACGGUGUUUGGUUCAGCUGUUUUUGGCGAGUUUGCAGAAAAAUACUGUAUGAUUAAAACUGUAUUCCUGAAACAGUUUUUUUAUUUUAAAGGAUUUAAAUAGUUUUAUCUAGAUUUUCUUGUUGUGUCUGGACAAAAUUUGUUUCACAUGGAUCUUCAUUAAGUUUAUGACAGGGAUGCUCAAUAUUGGAUUUUUACCUGCAUCUCAUUUGCUGAUAUUUUCUAAAUUCAUUUAAGAGUCAGCAGAUAUUUGGCCAACAUUUACCUUAUGAUGGGUCAUCUGAUAUGGAGUUUACUUCUAGCGACUUGUGGACAAUGAAUAACAAAGUGGGCUCGAGCGCUGUGCUGCAGGUGUGUCUUCUCCUCUGGGUCAGGUUUCACUCACCGCUCUGUUUCACUUUAUAUUCCAACCACAGCACAUUCUGAUUGGCUAGACCCCACACAGGUAAAAUAGCCAAAUAGUUAAAAUCUGCAGUCGAACCGGAAAAAAAAAAUGAAACUCAUAUUGACGCCUUUAAUGACAUAUGAAGCAAACAAGACCAUCAGCAACAAGAUCGCAGCUCCACAUAUAAAAACAGUGUAGGUUGUACAUUUGACAGUCAAAACUCAACAGGAUUAAAAAGAUGAGCAGUGACUGCUUUGUCCACAAGGGGGCCCUGAAAUUGGCUAAAAUGAAAGUUCCUGGUAGGAGCUUUAAACCUGCAAGUUUCCUAUGAUAAUGAAAAUAAUGAAAGUUUCAGCUAUGGUUAAAACAAAAUAAAAUCUGGGUAACGAAGAAGACGCCCUCUUCUGGACAAUACAACAUGCUCUGAUAAACUGUAUUAUGAGCAUAGACUGUAUCUAGAAUAGACGCCGUCCGCCUCCUCGCUGGGCUAGAGCAGCGCCCUCUGGUGACAGGCUGCAGUACAGGUCAUAAAUCCCGCUUCGGAUUCAAAUCAGUAUACUGGCAGGAGGUGGAACCAUGUUGUCCAGAGUAUAUACAGUCUAUUAGGGCUGGGAUAAUAUGCUUUUCUCCCGAUUCGGUUCUUCUACGGUUUUUUGGAUGCCGAUUCGAUUUACAUUGCAAUUCUACGAUAUUGUUGAUUUUCUCGAUAUUCAGUUUACAUUUCUACCUUCAGUGAAACAGUUGAAUGAUUAUGAUUGUUUUCUGACUAUUCCAGGAACCAAAUUUCCCCAAAAAAUACACGACAUGAAAGUCAGUUUUUAAGAUUUAUUCUUAAGUUUGAAAAAAAAAAAGAUUUUUGAACAUAAAAAUCUGUUUAAAAAUUGUAAAACAAAAAAUACUUCUGUGAAUGGAUUUUUUUUCUUCCACCCCUGCAGUCUUUGAUUAUGAGUUUAAGCAGCUUCUCAACUUUUUGCUCCAGAGUUUGAAUGAAGGUCCGAUAAAAAGUGACCGCUCUGGAGUGAAUCGGUUUGAGAUCUCACCUGUUGGUCUUCUGAACUACAAACAGUCCUAAAAAACAACCUUUUAACUUCUCACAGAUGCGUUUUUGAGGCGGCUUGUUUUGUUUUUCUGGCUCUCUGUGCGGUUCAGGAUGUUCGUUUCUGUUUUUUUUGUAAAUGCAGACAUCUCUCUCCAGUCUGAGCUUGUGUUUGUUUGAUUCCUUGUUGUCAGAGAUCAUGUUUGCAGUCAGGUUCAGCUCACCUCUGCACACGUCGGGCUCUUUUCCUCGGUGGAGUUGAAUACUAUGGUGCCGUGGCCUCGGUGAGGAGCUGCAGACUGUGAGACGUCUGAGUUCCUGCUGUGAAUAUUUGUGCUUUGUCAGGGCUCAUUCACGCCCCGAGGGUCCUCUUCACUGUCUGUACAGUCACGUCAGCUUCAGCCUGACCAGCCGGUUUCUCUUUGUCUCAGCGUUUCCCUUCGCCGUCUCACGCUGUGGGUCCAACUCUGCCGCAUGUUUCGUGUCCACAUGUCACACAUUGGUGUGUUGUAUGUUGGUGCAGAUUAGGAGGUUUGUUUACUCGGUUGUGAGUCUGUUUUUCUCCUCAAGGUUCCCUGAAGUACUUAUUUCAGGGAUUUAUAGGCAGUCCACAGAAAUACGAGAAAACGCUCGAUAAGUCGGUGUGAACAGCCGAAGGAAUAAAAGUUUGACUUAACAGGGUUUAGUUUUGUGGGUGUACGAUGUUAUCGACAUGAUAUUGGUAUGAUCAGUGGAUAUUGGCUUUAAAAGUGAAUCAAAUCUAUCUGCAGACAUGUUUUAAAACUACACACACAUGCAGCACAACCACAUAAGUUAAAUUAUGAACCCAGGAGUAGAGAUGCACCGACCCAUUUUUCUCAGAUCCAAUCAGAUACUGAUACCUGGGCUGAGGAUAUCGGCUGAUAUCCGAUACCGAUCCAAUACUACUGUUGAAUGAAUGAACCGUAAACCUGUGAGUAAGGGCAUCAGGCUUGACAUUAGCCCUGUUUAAAAAAAAAAGUAACAAAUUAUUAACACAGAUAUUAAUUUUUCUUAAUAUUAUUUAUUAACUACGGUGGUCGAGAACCGUCACUGCUGCAAAUAAAAAACAAACAAACAACAAAGAAUGUCACUGCUGCAAAUAAAAAACAAACAAACAAAAAAAAAGAAUGUCACUGCUGCAAAUAAAAAAAUAAACAAAAAAAAAAAGAAUGUCACUGCUGCAAAUAAAAAACAAACAAACAAAAAAGAAUGUCACUGCUGCAAAUAAAAAACAAACAAACAAAAAAAAAGAAUGUCACUGCUGCAAAUAAAAAACAAACAAACAAAAAAAAAGAAUGUCACUGCUGCAAAUAAAAAAACAAACAAACAGAAAAAAAAUGUCACAGCUGCAAAUAAAAACAAACAAACAAAAAAAAAGAAUGUCACUGCUGCAAAUAAAAAAACAAACAAAAAAAAAAGGAAUGUCACUGCUGCAAAUAAAAAACAAACAAACAAAAAAAAAGUGUCACUGCUGCAAAUAAAAAAACAAACAAACAAAAAAAAGAAUGUCACUGCUUCAAAUAAAAACAAACAAAAAAAAGAAUGUCACUGCUGCAAAUAAAAAAAAAACAAACAAAAAAAAGAAUGUCACUGCUGCAAAUAAAAAACAAACAAAAAAAAAGAAUGUCACUGCUUCAAAUAAAAAAAUAAACAAACAAAAAAAAAAGAAUGUCACUGCUUCAAAUAAAAAACAAACAAACAAAAAAAAAGAAUGUCACUGCUGCAAAUAAAAAAACAAACAAACAAAAAAAAAAGAAUGUCACUGCUGCAAAUAAAAAAACAAACAAACAAAAAAAAGAAUGUCACUGCUGCAAAUAAAAAAAUAAACAAACAAAAAAAAAGAACGUCACUGCUGCAAAUAAAAAACAAACAAACAAAAAAAGAAUGUCACUGCUGCAAAUAAAAAACAAACAAACAAAAAAAGAAUGUCACUGCUGCAAAUAAAAAACAAACAAACAAACAAAAAAAGAAUGUCACUGCUGCAAAUAAAAAAACCACAACACGGAAGUUACUGAAGCUGUUCAUAAAAAAAGAAACGAUGCAGAUGAUUAAAAAAACCCACAAUGGAAGUUAAUGAUGUAAAAAAAGUGAUGAUGCAAAAAAAAAAAGUUACUUACUGUGAAAAUAAAAGGAUGCAAACAAAAAAAAAAAGCCACAACAGAAGUGAGCUGCCGGGGACCAAUAAUGACGAUGCACAGGUGUUUUACGAUCUGGGCACAGAAGACGACGGCGAGAAGACGAGCGAAAAAGUUCGUGGAAAGGUUCUUGUUUAAUUUCACUUUGUAAAGUUUUUAAUGUGCCGUUUGGUUCGACCAUGAAGAGCCUGAGUGAGGAUGUCGCUGUAGUGUUAGCUUCAGUUCAACUUCAUAUCGAACCACAUGACACAUUAAAAAGUUUAUGAAGUGAAAUUAAACAAUAACGGCAGUUCACUUCACUUGUGGCUCUUUUUAUUUGCAUCCUUUUAUUUUCACAGAAAGUAACUUUUUUUUUUUUCAUCACCACUUUUUUUGCGUCGAUAACUUCAGUUUUUUUUUUUUUUGCAUUCUUUUGUAUUUGCAGCAGUGGCGGUUCUCAGCCACCGUAAUUAACAAAUAACAAAUCGCACAUUAGCACACAGCAAAAAGAAGCAAGACUCUCAUGAAAAUAAAGACUGGAUCGGCGUCAUCCAUCAGAUAUCCGAUCCAGUUAAUUUGUCAAUAUCGGACCUGAUAUCCGAUCCAAAUAUGGGAUCAGUGCGUCCCUACUCUAGUGUGUGGAGUUGAUUAAAUCCAUUAUUAUUAUUUUUGUGUGUUUUCUGCUUUGGUCCCUUUUAUUCCUGUUUCACUUUCUGUUAACUCUGAGGAGCUGAGAAAACCUGCAGCCUCCUCCUUCAUCUCCUCCUUCAUCUCCUCCUCCUCCUCACCAUCACCUCCUGUCUUCGUUAAAAAGGACAUGUUGUGAACCAAUCAGGAGUGAGAGUUAAAGAUGAGGUCAUCAUGGCAGCAGCAGGAAGUAGAAGGAUAAAAUCAGCUGAUGUAUUUCUGUCUCUGACCGUGUAGCUCUGUGACACACCUGGUCAGAGGUCGAUGGUCGUUUUUUCAUGGUCGGCGGUUGUUGCGGUUGUUUCCGUUUGAUGAUGUUGGCGUUUGCGGGUCGGUUGCUGGUUCUCUUCAGCGGCUGCUGGAGGAUCGGACAGGAAAUAGACUUAAAUCUCUGUCUGUGUUUGAUGGACACAGAUGGAGCUGCGUCUGUUUCCUGCUGAGAUCUUCUGUCAGAUUUGUAACCAGCUCUAAAGUGAUCUUCAUCAUCAUCAUCAUCGUCGUCAUCAUCGUCACAGUGACCUGAUCUGAUCCCUGACAUCAGACUGCUGGAGGCUCUUCGGUCUAAAACCAGAAAGAUUCAAAGAUUUCAAUAAAAGGAGAAAAACAAACAAACAUGAUUUGAACAGAGAGAAACGCUGAGUCAUGUUGGACUGUAAUUCAGGGCUUUUAUUUUGUAGGAGAUGGACCGUAAGGUGGCUUUAGUCUGAAAAUCACGCCGAGUUAACGAUGAAGCUCCAUGUAAUAUGAAGCUAAAGUUAGAGUUAGCCACCUGCUAUUAGCCUGUUAGCUACACUGUUAGCCGUGUCAGUAACGGUAGAAUAAACAACUGUACACAUUAGUGAUCGAGCGACUUCUCUGACGGAGGCAGCUGCAUGUCUCCAGAUGAGACCGGACCAGACCGUAUAUAGUUUACUGUAGAUCUCUACAGUAUACAAUAUAUACUUUUAUAACUUCAUAAAAAAAUCGGCCGAUUAAUCGGUAAUCUGAUUUUUUCCCCCCUAAUAUUCGUUCAUCAUUCGGGUCCUUCUUUAUACAUAAACUGUAACAGACUGAAAUCUACAAACUCAAUAAACUUCAACAACUUCAUAUGAAUGAAGUACAAAUAUGACUGUUUUAAAAUAGGAGAGGAGAGCAGGGGUAUCUGUGUCUGAAAAGCCGAGGGACAGGUGAGCGUGAUGAGAGGGAGGUCGAUUCUGAGUUCUGAUUGGAUGAAAAUGUUUCUAAUUUCUUUGUGAUUAAAGGUGAGUUAGUUUUCAAUAAUCUGAGAUAAACUGAACCAGAGGACAGAGAGUGUUCAUUAGUCUCCAUGAGACAUCAAACAGAUCCGACUGUGUUUUCCUGAUGUCAGUGAACGCCUCACGCCUCAGUUUGAGGCUCCUCUCAGGAGUCGUCUGGAGCUGCUCGCUGUUUUCUCCCCUCAGCUCGCCUGCUCCAGGAGGGCAUUUUUCCCCCUGCGCUUGCCUGCUCAGGCUGGGUAUUUCUCCCCUGUGCUUGCCUGUUUAGGCAUGUUAUUUCUCCUCUGCGCUUGUAUGCUCAGGCUGGGUAUUUCUCCCCUGCGCUUGCCUGCUCAGGCAGACUCUCUUUCACCUCAUUUAAACUUUAUUUUGCUUGUUGUUUUGAGUUUCUCUCCUGCUGCUGCUAACACGCUGUCUUCUCUUUACAGCAGUGUCCACCACGAUAUAACAGUUGGUACUAAGGUAGGCACCUCUGCUUCCUCCUCCUCCUCCUCCUCCUCCUGCAUGGCCUCCUCUUCCUCUUCCUCUUCUCGCUCUCCUGCCUGGUUUGUUUUCUGCUGUGAUCGUCUCUCUGCGGCUGUUUGCUCUCUCAUGUGUCUGCCUCUGUUUUCAGUGUGAUCAUUGCUGAGGUCUGUGUGAUAAAUGCAGCAGUAACAUUCCUCCUCAGGUCUGAGAUUAAUCAGAUUAUUAAACCACACGUGGAUUUCAGUCUUAAAGGAGCGAACCGCAGAAAACUUGGACAUUUGAUGGACUGUUUGUCCUCAAACAUCUGCUCUUAUCAGGGCAGCUAAGAAGUCCUGAUUCUGAUGGGAAAGGUUAGAUCUGAUAUUGAUCUCAUGUCGACCGUUUUUGUCAGCUGUCGUAAACGGAAACUUAUCCAACAGUCACCAGUAUGAGCUCUAUUAGAGUUGGGCGGUAUGAACGUGUCUGCCUGUAGAAAUUUAGUUUGACCGUUUUUGUCGAGAGAGAGAGGGCAGACGUCUGCUGCGUCUCUCUGAGUCAGUGUGUAGUCGUCAGGAAAGUCGGAGCGCGUCCGUUUGGCUACGUUUCCGAAACACUCACCAGCGUGUCCAGCAGACUGUUUGAAGAAGAAGAAACAGCGUCACCGGUGGCGGUCAUGGCGGAUGUGGAGAUUAGUGUCAGUACAGAGGAAAUGGAGGCAGACCGACCCACCCGACGUGAGGAAGAGGAGGAGAGACUAGUUCUGAAAAAGGGCGCGAGUCGAGACUUCGGUUGUCUAGAGAUUCUUCGGAUUUAGAAAACUACGCAAAGAGUGUGGUGUGUCUGUCGUUGUUGGAGGAGGAAACACCAACAACCUCUUCCUCCACCUAAAGAUGAAACACGCCGAACUCUAUGAUGAGAGCCUAAAGACGCGCGACGCACCUGCUGCACCAAAAACUAAGAGCUCGGCAGAGUCUUUCACCAAAGAGACGAUCAAAAAUCAGCAGACUGGACUGAACUUUAGUUUGUAUAAAAAUCAGAGUUUAAAAAUGAACAAAUGAGACAGUCUGGUUAUUUUUAAAAAAUGAUAAAGUGAUAUGAAAUUACUGUGAUAUAAGAUUGUGUUCCUACCGCCCAACACUAAACUGUAUCUAAGGUGAUAGCAGUGAAGCUGCGUUCAACACCUUCAAACAUGCAGCAGACAACAGUGUAAAAAACUCUGGACCCUAAAGAAAAGAUAAAAGUCUUUAAAAGAGGAAAAAAGGACGAGAAGUUUGAAGUGAGAGUGUCUGAAGGUGUCGGCCCAUCCUCACGGUCCUGAAUUCAGGUUUUUGGAUCCACAUACUGACAACAUUGAGUGGAUUUGUGAUUCGUUUUGGCGACUGAAAGCUACCUCAGCGUUCUGAUCCAAAUAUGAUUUUAUAUGUGAGACUGAUGAUGAGGAGUUUAAGACAUCUGUUAGGUAAUUUCUAUCAUCAAACACAGGAGGAAAAAGUUAUUAAAAUUUUGAGACGGUGCCUGGCUGUAAAAUGUAAACAUCCACAUCCACGCCGCUCCACUGCGUCACAGAAACAUGAACACAAAGAUCGAUGACAGACGCUGACCGGGUCCUCUACCUCCACCUGGGACCGGUUCUCCUCACUGCUUUACACACAGACCGUGAACAGGACAAGUGUCCCAGGGAGUGUUUACCUUUAGUGUCCACACACACACACACUGAGGGCGGUCUGUGGGUCACUGUUGACCCAGAACAGCUGACUCUGGAUUGAUGUACCGAACAUCACGCUGGAUUUACUCAGCUCUAACCUCUGUGUUUAAACUCCGAACACGCUGUUUAAUUAGCCUCAGUCGACAUGUGUUACGAGGAGUAAUUAUUGAUUAGAUAUCGGUGAUUAUCAGACAGUGAUUUUGGCUUUAAACUCUUACGAACACACGAUAACAUGUCGGAGUGUAAACCUCAGCGUGACGGCAGACAGGUGAGACAGUUUCACCUGAAUGAACUCAGAAAUCAGAAACCUGAUCCUGAAACUGAUCAGACUUCAGCGUUUAAUUUCUACUGUCCGUUAUUAUAAAGAGAUUCUUCAGUUUUCUAAGUCACACGUCAGCAUUUUUGUUUUAACGAGGAACCGCUGGGAGAAUCUACAUGUGAGCUAGGCUACAGUUGUCUACAGACGGGGUCAAGUCUGAUCUAGUAUAGAUAAUUCUGAGUGGCCUCCAUCGUGGAUAACACACUUACCCCCAACUUCUACCUUCAUCCGUAAUCCGCCACAAAAUUCGCCUCACAAACGGAUCUGGUAGGAAUUAGCGGACGGUAAAAACCGCCACCAAAAUCUGGGGUUAGAAAGCAGAAAUGUCCCUUUAAAUGUUAGUGUUGUCGUACACCUGUAGCUCACCUGUGUGCUGGAAACAAAAACUCACUUUUGGAGACAGCCUCUAGUGGACAGUUGAGGAACUGCAGCUUUUAGCACCGUCACUUUCAGCCUCUGAGGUUUUACAUCAGACACAUGGAGACAUGAACCGUUGUGGUCCAGUCUCAGGUGCUUGAAUGUCUGCGAGUCUUUUGUCCCCUCUGCAGCCUGAGGCAGGCGCGGGGUCUGUGGGUGAGCAGCUGUUCAGCAGGUUCAGAUCCAGAGACAGGACCAGGACCAGGACUCGGGUUUCUGUUCUAUUAUUCAUGUGGGGGGCAGAAAGAAGAUCUGAGCAGCUUUUGUUCACAUAGAAACCGCUCAGGUUCCUCUAAUUCAGCAGCCUGUCAGACCAAACUGAGGGGAAAUAAAUCAACGGUUUUUUAAUCGUGUGACAGUUUUUGUUGAAUAGUUUGUCCCUGCAGAUGUUUGUAUUUUAACGUCUUCUCUCUUUGAAUCCCUUUAAGAAUAAAGAUUUAGACAUUAAAGGUCUUUUAUUUUGAAAGUCUUUAAACUCUCAGACUUUUAUUGUGACACAGGAACAGGAAGUGCUCUGAUUGUUUCAGGGUUUGCUGUGAGAACCUCUCCUCCCUCUGCGCCGUCUGUUGAAUGAAGCCCGGCCUGUUUUUACUACAUCUGGUUUUCAUUGAGCUCCACAGCACAGGAAUCCGGACCCACAGGGUCUGCUGUCGGGGGAGGGGGCGGGGCUCACAGUGACGGCGAAGGUCUCAGGAAGGGGGUCUCAUGGUCUCUCUCUGCUGCAGUUUUCAUGCCUUUAGGAACAGUCCCACCUUGACUCGUGUGUGUGUGUGUGUGUGUGUGUGUGGUUUUCCUACCUGUGUCUCUCAGUGAACUCCGGCUCCACAGCGCCCCCUGGUGGCUGCAGCUGUUUGGUGCUAUAGGAGAAGUGAAACAUGAAAACAUGUCCAAGUUAAGGUUCAGGUCUUCGUGGGGCAGACUGAGCUGAAAACAGUCCGGUGAAGGUUUAAUGUGAGCUGUCGGGUAAAUAAAUACCAGGACUGUGAGGAAACAACAACAGGUUAUUAUGGACCGAUGGAGUCACUCAAUAAUGGGUCAGGCAUGUGCAGGUUUAUGAGCUCAGUCAGGCAGAUGUUCACUGAAAACUGUGAAACUGAAGGAAAGAGAGAAGAAGAGCUGCUCCAUCAACAUCAUCACCUCCACCAAGGAGGUUAUGAUGUUGAUGGUAGCGUUGGUUUGUUUAUUUGUUUGUUUGUGAACAACUUUACGGAGAAAGUUACAGACGGAUUGACCUGAAAUUUUCACCAGAGGUGCGUCUCAGCCCCAGGAGGAUCCCAUUACAUUCUGGUGGUGAUCCGGACAAAAUUCUGGAUACUGUCAUCCAGAACACACAAAAAUAAGGGCGUGGUUAGAAUUUUCAAUGCUGAAAGAUAACCAAUGGGCGGCACCGUGGUGUAGACAGGCGGCACAGUGGUGUAGAUGGGCGGUACAGUGGUCUAGAUAGGCAGCACAGUGGUGUAGACAGGCGGCACAGUGGUGUAGAUGGGCGGUACAGUGGUGUAGACUGGUGGCACAGUGGUGUAGAUAGGCAGUACAGUGGUGUAGAUAGGCAGUACAGUGGUGUAGACUGGUGGCACAGUAGUGUAGAUAGGCGGUACAGUGGUGUAGACAGGCGGUACAGUGGUGUAGAUGGGCGGUACAGUGGUGUAGAUAGGCGGCACAGUGGUGUAGAUAGGCGGUACAGUGGUGUAGAUAGGCGGCAUUGUGGUGUAGAUGGGUGGUACAGAAGUGUAGAUAGGCGGUACAGUGGUGUUGAUGGGCGGCACAGUGGUGUAGAUGGGCGGUACAGUGGUGUAGAUGGGCGGUACAGUGGUGUAGAUGGGCGGUACAGAAGUGUAGAUAGGUGGUACAGUGGUGUUGAUGGGCGGCACAGUGGUGUAGAUAGGCGGCACAGUAGUGUAGAUAGGUGGUACAGUGGUGUAGAUGGGCGGUACAGUGGUGUAGACUGGCGGUACAGUGGUGUAGAUAGGUGGUACAGUGGUGUAGAUGGGCGGUACAGUGGUGUAGACAGGCGGUACAGUGGUGUAGAUAGGCGGUACAGUGGUGUAGACAGGCGGCACAGUGGUGUAGACAGGCGGUACAGUGGUGUUGAUGGGCGGCACAGUGGUGUAGAUGGGCGGUACAGUGGUGUAGAUGGGCGGUACAGUGGUGUAGAUGGGCGGUACAGAAGUGUAGAUAGGUGGUACAGUGGUGUAGAUGGGCGGUACAGUGGUGUAGACUGGCGGUACAGUGGUGUAGACAGGCGGUACAGUGGUGUAGACACGCGGCACAGUGGUGUAGUGGUUAGCACUGUCGCCUCACAAACAGAAGGUCCCGGGUUUGAAUCCCGGCCAGGGCAUUUCUUGUUUAAGGGGGGACAUGAGCUGCUUGGCGGAGGUCUGCGCUGUCUGAGUGCUUUUCUAUUUAGUAUUUAAAUUUAUCAUAAAGUCAUUAAAAUUAAACUGGUUAAUAAGGAAACAUUUUAAACUCCGAGGAAUCGAUUAAUAACCCAGGGAUCGACAGUGCGACCGUUUCACUGCGACUAAAAAAGAUGUUUGCGAGUCGUAAAAUGUAUUUAGGGUCACAUGUGGGCGUAAAAAAAAUCAACAAAUAUUUUUCCCUGUAAAUACGGCGGUGAAGUUAGUUUUAGGUUGGAUAUUUGUCGGACAUUCACUGAGGAUUUCAGCCCAAAUGUUCAGCACAUUCUCUCUGUUUUUCACACACUGACACACACACACACUGACACACACACCUGCCUCGUCCUCCUGCUCUCCUCGUAUACAGCAUGUUGAUGUGUCGGUCAUGUUAAAGGUAGAUUACUGUAAUAACUCUAGUCUUUAUUCACAUCAGACUCAUAUAUACUGGAGCUCUUAUACAUGUAUAAUAUUUCAUUUCCUUUAUUUAGAUCUCCAUUUGCUUCGGCUAAGGCCAUCGCUCUUCUUCCUGAAGUCUACAUUUACGAUUAUUUCUCCAUCUCAGAGCAAAAACACAGAAAACAUCACACCACAAACACAAAGUCAACGUCGAUAACCACAACAACUCACAACAGCCAACAAAACAACAAAACUAGAACAACGCAAACAACAUACACAUAUGACUGGACCUUAGUUUCACAGUGAAGUUAUAGUUCUGAAAUAAUCAGAUGUUCAAAUAUUAACAUACAUUUCACAUAAUUAAAUUAAUUUACAGAAACAAUUCCCAAUACAUGAGCAGACUUUAGAUAUUUGAGGUCAAUCAGACAAACACUGAUUCUACAAAGUAGCUUCAUCUAAAUAAGGAGCUGUUUGACUAAUAAAUGUUCUUUGACAAGAACUUUAGAACUGUAUUUGAUAUAUAUAUAUAUAUAUAUAUAUAUAUAUAUAUAUAUAUAUCUCAUAUGUUUAAAAAGCAUGAAAGCAAACUUCCCGUCCUCCUCCUGGCUGAGUAAACUCGACCAUCAGAUCAAUCAUGUUUAUUUGUUAUUGACUCGGAGAGAAAGAGGCUGAAUCAGGUAUGAGGGAGAGAGAGAGAGAGAGAGAGGAGCGAAUCUCUGCUCACAGUCUUAUUAUUAGUUUCUGUUUUUCACUUCAUUGUCUGCUGUUUGGCUGUUGUCAUGGAAACACAGAGCAGUUCAAGUCAGGUAAAGGUUUUAUGUAGUGAGUUUCUGCCGUAUGUUCUGAACGUACACAGGAUUGGAGAGGACCUGGUUUGGGAUUUAUGGAGUGUGACAGACUGGGCAAAGCCGGGCUCUGUUUGUGAAAUAAGGAUUUAAUGUGAACAAAUACAAAGACAGGAAACCUGGUUCUAACUGAGAAACUCGGGUCAGAGAGAUAGAGAGAGAGACUGACGCUGACUCUGUGUUUGUUUUUCAGAGAGGAUCUGACGAGCUUUUCUCCAGCGUCUCUAACGGCCCGUAUAUCAUGAGCACCACAGGUCAGACAUCUUCACUGAUAAUCAACAUGACGGAGAAAAUUCACACGAGUUUAUUUCACCGAGUUUAUGUCUCUGUCUCUGCAGCCAAUGGCAACGACAGCAAGAAGUUCAAAGGUGACAUAAGAGGUCUGGGCUCGCCGUCCAGGGUCAUCCACAUCCGGAAACUUCCCAACGACAUCAGCGAGGCUGAAGUGAUCAGCCUCGGGCUGCCCUUUGGAGACGUCACCAACCUGCUCAUGCUCAAAGCCAAGAACCAGGUGAGCGCCCGCCGCGACGGCAGAGUGACCGUGAGGGAAGUACUUCUACUGUGGAGGAGUACUCAGUACUACUGUGUGUGUGUGUGUGUGUGUGUGUGUGUGUGUGUCCUCUCAGGCAUUUCUAGAGAUGAACUCGGAGGAGGCGGCUCAGAACAUGGUGGGGUAUUACUCCACGGUGAUGCCCAUCAUCAGACACCACCCUGUCUACGUCCAGUUCUCCAACCACAAGGAGCUGAAGACGGACAACUCCCCCAACCAGGAGGUACACGCCCCCUACCCCCCCACCCCGAGUCAUUAUGAUUCGCCGUCUGUUCGCUCAUCUCUCCUCUCUCUCCUCUCAGAGGGCGCAGGCGGCUCUCCGGGCCCUCAGUACGUCUCACGUGGACGCGGCGGUGGCGGCUCCAAGCUCGGUGCUGAGGGUGGUGGUGGAGAACCUGGUUUACCCCGUCACCCUGGACGCUCUCUGCCAGGUAAACAAACGCCUCCAUGACCAGCAGCUUCAUUAAAAACCUCCAAACGGGACCUCCUGACCUCCUCUGUCCUCCUCAGAUCUUCUCCAAGUUCGGCACGGUCCUGAGGAUCAUCGUGUUCACUAAGAACAGCCAGUUUCAGGCUCUGCUGCAGUACCCUGACGGCGCGUCGGCGCAGGCGGCCAAACUGGUGAGGUUCACUUCCUGUUUGUUAGACAGAGCGCGUGUUCCUCGCUCGGCGAUAACCUGAACCUGCUGCUGCUGUUUCAGUCUCUGGACGGUCAGAACAUCUACAACGGCUGCUGCACUCUGAGGAUCAGCUUCUCCAAACUCACCACGCUCAACGUCAAAUACAACAACGAGAAGAGCCGCGACUUCACCAGACCGGACCUGCCCUCCGGAGACAGCCAGCCCGCCAUGGAGCACCCCGCCAUGGCCACCGCCUUCAGUAAGAGGACCGCACGCCUACGAUGUCAGGACAGACGAAGGCGGGGCUUAACUGCAGAGUCAGCUCGCUUUAACACCAACAGCCAAUCAGAGCCUGAUAUUUGUUUGCGUUCAUUUUACCAACUAAACGCUGUGAAGGAACUUUUUAUUUAUUUAUUAUAUAAUUUUUAUUUUUAUUUAUUUUCAAUUUAUUAUAUUUAUUUAUUUAUUUAUUAUUUAAUUUUAAUCUUUAUUUUUUUUCAAUUAAUUUUAUGUAUUUAUUUAUCACAUUUUCUUUGACAAAAACAAAAGUCCAACUUCAUAAAAACACAAAAAAGACCCUAAAAGUGAAGAACACAAAAAAACUUCUGAUAAACAAAAAAUAUUAAACAGAGCAAAAAGUUAAAUAUGUCAAAACAAACUUCAAAAAGAUAUUUAUAUAUUUCCUAACAAAUAGAAAACUUUUAAAUGUGACAAGACAUGAAUAGACAGCAAAAAUAUUUCAUAGAACUGCCGUUUUAUUUAAUUUAGCAAAAAUAUUUUAAUAAUGAAAACAAACUUAAAUACUAUUUAAGAAAUAUUCUGGAAAAAAAAUCAUUAAGCAGCAAAAAAGUAUUUAAAAAAUAAGUUUUGAAAAUGUAGAAAUAUUUAUUUCCAAAAAUUUUUACAAAAACAUUUUGUUACAUACAAAACUCUUUAAACACAAAAAUUUUUUAAAAUUUUUUUUUAUUUUGUUAAACAAAAUAUUUAUUACAUGAAAAAAUAACAAAAAAAUUUAUUCAAACAAAUAUUUAACCGUUUUUUUCAUGAAACAAAAAAAUAUUGUUUAAAACACAUAAUAUUCACAAAAGAAAGAAUCAUGUCAUAAAAUGUUUACAUUUACAUUUACAAACUUUUUUUUUAAAUAAGAAAAAAUAAAUACAAAAUAUGAGACAACUUAAUAUUUUACUUUUUUUAUUGUGUAAGUUUCUUCUUCACAUUAAAAAAAAAAUAUAUAUAUAUAUAUACAUAUAUAUAUAUAUAUAUAUUUUUUUUUUGGUCAUGUGACAAAUAUUUUAUUUUAUUUUUUUACCUUUUAGUGAUUUUUUUGGUGUAGUGAUGGAGUGGACCUUUAGGGCCACCGUAGCUAACAGCAGACGUCAGAAUGGAUUAUAAAGAGAACAGUGAACCUCUGAGAAAAUCAGCUGUUUGAACUUUCAGAGUUGAGGUGUCUCCUCCUGUUCUGCUUAUUUUUCUGUCUUCAGUUAUCGAUUUGAAACGGUCGUGUUUCGCUCCGCUCCUCUCUCACCUCCGAGUUUCUUCAGCUCAAUCCAGAAUAUUCCCUCAGAGCUGAUUCUCUCUUCCUGAUUGUGUUUAGUCUAAUUGUUCAUCUCUGCUGUCAGACGCCGUACAUCCUCUGCUGUUCAUGUUUUUAUUCAUCGUCACACUUUCAGUCCAGUUCGGUUCUGAUCCACGGCAGGGUCCUGAGUGGGUGAAAAACUCAAACUCUGGUGUUUUGUCUUCACAGCUGCUCCAGGAAUCAUCUCAGCGGCGCCGUACGCCGGGGCGACUCACGCCUUCCCACCGGCCUUCACACUCCAACCUGCAGGUGAGUCUCACCUGCUGAGACCCGGUCAGGUGUGUCAGGAGACUCAGAGAGAGCAUCUAAACUACGAUGAGAGGUUUUUGAUUUAUGGACCAGAUUUAGACAGAACCUGGUUUUUACAGAGUCGGAUCAGACUUUAGUGAAUCCACAUCAAACGUAAAGAUUACGGGCUCACAUAGAUUUGGGUUAUUACAUCAGGAUUAUGUGGAUUACUGAGUUUUCUGAUGUGUUUGUAAUCCAGAUGAUUUAAAACCAGGACCUGGAUUAUAUGAGCCUGGUUCUCCUCAGAAACCUUAAUCCUGGUCUGGAUUAUCUGGUAUCAUCUGUGGGUUUAAUCGGAUCGUUUGGUUCUAGUCGUUUUUUCUGUGACGUCAGCAUGAGUGAGACGUGUCCUGCAGCUCUGGGGCGGAUGUUCACUCGUCUCACCUCUCCCAGUGUCCCUCCCCUAUCCAGGCCUGACGGUCCCCUCCCUGCCCGGAGGCCUGGCCUCUCUCUCCCUCCCCGGGGCCACCAGGCUGGGAUUCCCCCCCCUCCCCGCUGGAGUCUGUGUCCUGCUGAUCAGCAACCUCAACCCGGAGGUGGGUCCUUCACCCUGAGCCCCUGCAGCAUAUCUGUCCUUCACCAUCACCAUCAUCUUCAUCAUCAUCAUCAUCGUCUUCAUAUUCUCAGUGUUUCACACAGACGUCUGUAACUCUGAUCACAUGAUGUUUUCACCGUCUUUACUCGUCCUGCAGCAGGUCAACACGCAGUUGGACUUACCUGGGAUGUUUUCACCUGAGGUGAAACGUCCCAAGUAAGUCCAACUGUCCUUUCAGCGAAGAAUUGGAAAUCAUAGAUGCUGCAUCCUCAGUUUUAAACUAUAUCUCCAGGUUUAGGAGCAACAUCUGCAUUUAUCCAGACAAAAAAUGUGGAAUAUAGAACUCUUGUGAUCAGCUGAGGAGUCCGGCGAUCCGAAGUCGGUGUAAAUUGACACGUUAACUUGAAUGUUUACGAUCGGAGGAUACGACCUUUUCGUAGAACAUCUUUUGAUUUCCGUAAAAUAAUCUUUUCAGAUUCUUAGAUCUCAGUUAUCGAGUCGAAUCAAAACAAAAACAUGAACUUUUUAAACGGACCCUCUUUGGUUCGGCCCGUUAACCUGCUGCAGGAGGAACAAAGUGAUCUUCCACCACACACACACACACACACACCUGUGUAAACACACACACACACCUGUUGAGUCCUGUGCACACGUGUUCUCCUCAUGUUGACAUUAUCUGACCCCUCCUCUCCAAAGGUAAUUAACCUUCUGAUUGACCCCUCACCUGUCUUUUUUUUGUUGUUUUUUUUCCCCUUUAAUUUGUUGCCAUGGAAACGUCUCGGACCCUCCACCUGUCCUGCCCUCCCACCUUUACCUGUCCUGUCCCUCCGCUGCCUUCUCUGCUGUCUUUAAAGAGAGUUACGCCCCACUGCCUCUUUAUUCUCUUCGGUAUGUUGUCACUAGCUUCUUAUUUUGAAAUGUCAGUACUUCCUGUUGUUCUGAUUUUUGUUCUUCAUGAAGAAUUUGAGUGUCUGCCGAGCUGCUUGUGUCUGAUUUUGCGUGCUGGUUUUGAGUUUUGACCACAAUACUUGCAGCUUUAUAGAGAAACCUUAAAUCUGUGUGAGCGGGUUUGUCUCCUUAAGACCUCUAGAGGGCGCACCGGAGGGUGACUCCUGGAUUCGGGGGGCGUAAACAGAGGUCACAGAGGUCACAGGUUACUGUCGUACGGGUACCGUUAAAAUGUCGUCACUAAAAAGUUAAAGGAAUAUUUCACAAAAAAGGCGAAUUGUCUGUUUGUGAAGUUUUCCAGGUGUUUCUGUCUGUUAGUGCCUGAAGUUAGAGAAGAGCAGAAGACGUGGACUACUCAAGUCCUUUUUACUUUUCAGGAGUUUAAUUUAGAGAGAAAAAAAGACUUCAGGAGUUUUAAAGGUGGAUAACAUCAGGGGCGAGAAAUGUAAGAAAAAUCUACUUAAAUUAAAGUUAGAUCGACAUUAAUCUGAUCACCUUUUUUCUGAGUUUUGAACUAAGGGUGUCAAUGUUUACAGUUUUUUUCUACACGUGUAAACGGGGCUUCUAACCUUUCUAUCGCAGUUGCGCUAUAUAACCACUAGAAGGCUCUGUCUCCAAGUCACUCCAGUAUUUAUCAGACAAAAACGUAUUCUCGUAGACCCACUUCAAAUAGGUGCUCAAUGAUAGCCAACAGAUAAAUCACAGACCUUCAGUUAACACUUUAGGGCUGAUUUACCAGAGGAAGUAAAACGAGUUUGAAUUAAAAUCAUCGUUUAUUUUGACGGACGAGAAAACGUACUUUUAAUUUCCGAAACUGUCGCUCUGCGGAGAAUUUCACCGCCUGGCUCCAGGAAAAUCUGUCAUCCUCAGUUUUAGCUACUAAAUUGCUGAUCUGUUAAUUCCGUGCCUUGUCGCAUUUCUUCGCCCUGUUGGAUGUUUAAUCAGCCUGUGAACCGCGAGUGGGAGCACGGUCUGUUCGGGUGUUUCCAUUCAGGCCCGACCGAUACGGAUUUUUAUGGGGGGAAAAAAUCUGAUUACCGAUUAAUCAGCUGAUUUUUAAAAUUUUUUAACCCUUGUGUAACCGUCGCAAUUUACACCACUUUUUUGACUGCUGUAAAAACAUAUUGGAUUCAUAUUUUUUCCAGAUUUUUUUUCAUAUAUCUCUUAAGUAACUUCUGCUCUAUUCAAAAAUGGUAAAUUUUUCAUGAAGCAUCAAAAUUUUAACCCUUAAAGGGCCAAUUUUAAAAAAAAAGUCACCAAAAUUGGGAAAAAAUAGGAGAAAAUGACUGAUAUUUAAUAGAAAACAUCAUCCUAAACUGGAAAUCUCUUGCAGGGUAAUAAAGUCUUGAAUAUGUAAAGGAUUAGUAAUAUCAUUGACUUUGAUGCCCUUUAAGUUUUUUAUGUAGGAUUAGAUUUCCAAAAAACAUCCUAUCUUAACGCUCAGUGGCUAAAAAAAAAGCCACUCCAGUCAAUUUUGGUGACUUUUUUUUUUAAAUUGGCCCUUAAAGGGUUAAAAUUUUGAUGCUUCAUGAAAAAUUUACCAUUUUUGAAUAGAGCAGAAGUUACUUAAGAGAUAUAUGAAAAAAAAUCCGGAAAAAAUAUGAAUCUAAUAUGUUUUUACAGCAGUCAAAAAAAGUGGGCGUUACCAAAGGGUGUAAAAUUUGCCGAGCGCCUAUUUUUGACCUGGUGAAAAUUUUGAAGUAAUAUUUUCAAAGUGUCCAUCAAUAUAAGCAUCCACAAAAAAAAAUCAUCCCAUUUGGUGCAGUAAAAAAAAAGUUACGUGGAAAUUGGUGGCUAAAUUCUGCCCCAAGUGGCUCUUUUUAGCCACACCGUUACAUAAGGGUUAAUGAAGUUAUAAAAAAUAUGUGUGUUCUGUAGACAGGAAGAUGGACUGAUAAAAGUCGGACCAGAAAAGCGUUUUCAACUUCUGAAAAUAUCGGUGAAAAUCUGCGAGUUUUGGCCGAUUAGUCUCAAAGGGGCUAAAAUUGGCCCUAGUUUCCAUCACGGGUAACUUCGCCGUCACUUAACUCGAUUUCCACCGGCGGUUUGCUUCAAAAACUGCCACACAGCGCUCCGCUCGUUGACCGCCGCCAUCGUGUCCCCGAGUCAACUUGGAGUAAUGCGAUUUCUAAACAGUUCUGAUUUCUUAUCCGUGUUUCCGUUCACGUGUGUAGAUGUUGACACCCCCGAGUUUUAACGGCGCUCUUCCUGGUUAAUCAGUCAUGUGAGCGUCUCGGCGUCGGCAGCCUCUGGUUCGUUUGUUUGGAAGCUGCAUUUAUUGUGUGUUUAUCUGACGUCAGUGAAGUUUUUGAGUUUGCAUGCUGGUUUUCUUUCAGUUUGCAUGUUUUCAGACCUGAAUCAGCUGCUCUUGUUUUUGAAGUCGGCGCUCCCAUAAUUCAUAGCUUCCACACAGAGUAAUCUGCCAUUUAAUUCUCUCUGACCCUUACCCUUAAUUUCCUCGCUGCGUUUCCUUUUAUAACAUUCAGAAACUUAAUGAGAUGAAACUCAGACAGCAGCGCCUCACUCUCUCCUCCUCCUCCUGCUGCUGCUCCUCCUCCAGGUUUACACCCCUGUAAUCUGUAAUCUGUAAUCUGUAAUCUAUAAUCUGUAAUCUAUAAUCUGUAAUCUGUAAUCCUAGAGUUUGUGGGUCAGCAGCGUGGCAGUCAGAUCAGAUUCAGACAGAGAGCUCUGUGUCAGGGCGUCAGGCUGCAGCUUCAUGCGUUCAUUUAAUGUUUGCAUCACUUCCUGUUUAACCACCAGAGCUCAACCUUUAAUGUGUCCACCUCUGACUGUGUGUGUGUGUGUGUGUGUGUGUGUGUGUGUGUGUGUGUGUGUGUGUGUGUGUGUGUGUGUGUGUGUGUGUGUGUGAAGGUGUUUACGGCGACGUGAUGAGGGUGAAGAUCCUCUUCAACAAGAAGGAGAACGCUCUGGUUCAGAUGUCCGACAGCACGCAGGCUCAGCUAGGUAACCUCCUGCACAUGCUCAGUGUGGUUCUGUGAUUUCACCUCUUUACUAAAGUCUCUGAGUCUGUAACACAAAGUCCGAUCCCUGAGGAGGAGGAGGAGGAGUUCUGGUGCUGAGACAAUUAAAAAUGAAGAAAACGAGUCGAACGAUGAAACUGGAAAAGUCGUUUUAAUCUUGAAUCCAGGAACAUGUUUGUAAAAAGUUCUGAGAGGAAGAACCAAACGGGUCCAAAGUUCUGAUAGAGGAACUUCUAGACUGGAUGGUCCUGAUCUUCCAGUCACCACAGGCGAAACGUCUCAACUAAGUCCAGUUGUCCUUUCAACAUAGACCUGGACAUCAUAGAUGCUGCAUCGUCCUCUCUAAAGAGUAGAGAGUCCGCUAAUGAGGUUUACACUGAACCACGAAGGAGGAAACCAAAUAGAACCAGGAUCCAGGACCACCAGAGACCUCUCUGGACCUGAGAUUACAACACCAUGACUCUGUAGUAGAAGAGUCCUGCUGAGAAACUGGGACAACGUUUCACUCAGCUCGUUUAAUUCGUCUUUUUCUCUGAAUCCGACUUCUCUCCUCGUUCUCGUUUACAUGCAGCUGAGAAAAUCGAAUUAUUGACGUGAAUGUGUCCUCCUCCCCAACACUAGGGGGCGAUAUGAGUCUUUUUAGACGUCAGAAGUGUCUACAACUGCUGCUGGGCAUUUUGGAGAAACAAGAAGAUGGAGCAUCGUACAGCGUUGUUUUUGUCCGACAUGAUGGACGCGCUACUUUUUCUAAAGACGAGACCAACGCUACUCCUCUACUCUGGGGGUUGUGUUACGAGGUUACGGGGGCGUGGCUUAUAAAACCCUCCAUGGACAAAAUAGGAUUUAAUAUUAUAAUAUUACAGUCGGACUAAAGUGUUUACAUGACCUUCAGUUGUCCGGUCUUAAUCGGAAUAAGGCGAUAAUUCGGUUUUCUCGAGUGUCAUGGAAACGGACUGAGUGUCAGACCCCAGAACCUGGUCUGCUUGGUUCACUAAGGUCUACAGAGCUGAGGACACACGAUCAUGAACCUUUAAAACGACUUUUUACAAACAUGUUGUUGCUUCAAAUUAAACCGAUCAGAUAUUUUUAUUCACGUUCUUUUGUUUCGUUAAAUUUCCCGAGAGCUUAUCGAAGUCGGUGACGAUAAUCGAGAUGAAGCUCUGAAACUCCAGGACUGUUUGUCUCUCUCUGCAGCCAUGAGCCACCUGAGCGGGCAGCAGCUUUACGGGAAGUCUCUGCGCAUCACGCUGUCCAAACACACCAGCGUUCAGCUCCCCCGAGAGGGCCACGAGGACCAGGGUCUGACCAAAGACUACAGCAACUCCCCUCUGCACCGCUUCAAGAAACCCGGCUCCAAAAACUACUCCAACAUCUUUCCACCUUCUGCCACAUUACACCUCUCCAACAUCCCGUAAGUCCCGGUACCCGACCGGAACCAGCUGCAGAACCCUCAGAUCAGUCAUGUGACGCAGACCGGGCUAAUGUGACGUUUCUCUCUCUCUCGUCUGCAGACCUUCUGUGGUGGAGGAGGACCUCAGGAUGCUGUUCUCCAGCUCAGGAGCCACAGUCAAAGCCUUUAAGUUCUUCCAGUAAGUUCCUUCGAUCCAGGUUCGGUUUCCUGACCCUGAAUUCUGUCCCCUCUGCUCCGGAGAUCUAGGGCCUCAUUUAUAAACGCAGCGUACGCCACUUGUAAGCGAAGUUUGGGAUUUAUAAAAAACAAACUCGACGGGAGAAUGUGCGCACUGACCCUGAAGAAACGAGAAACUGCGACCCCGACAGGAGGAGGAUGAAAGUAAAGACAGAGAAAUGUGAAAAUGACACAUUUCACUACAAAUAUCGUAAAUUAAGAUUUAUUCACAAAGACGAAGAAGGAGGGAAAACGUAUAUUGAUGCCCCAGGGAGCGCACGAGCAAACGCACGCACACACACACACACGCGCCGACACACUUCGCCUUUAUUAUUGAGUUAAUUAUGUUAAUUCGACGUUAUAAUGAAAUCCACUCACAUAAACAAUCAGCCGGUUUUAUAUCAUAAGUUUUAUAUUAACGAUUGUAAUUAACCCUUCAGAUUUUUCUCCCUCUAAAGUCCCUCGUGGCUGUUAAAAGCCACUUUUUUUGACGGCUUUUAAAUCAUAUUGGAUUAAUAUUUUUUUCUGAUUUUUUUUCAUACAUUUCUUAUUUUACUUCUGCCCUGUUCAAAACUAGCAAAUGUUUCAUUGAAAACCAUUUUUUUAACCCUUUAAGUGCAAAUUUAAGACAAAAAGUCUCUUAUGAAGCAAAAAAAUGGAAGGAAAAUGCUUCAUAAGAGACUUAAGGUCUUAAAUUGGCCCUUAAAGGGUUAAAAUUUUUUAUUUUCAAUGAAACAUUUGCUAGUUUUGAACAGGGCAGAAGUAAAAUAAGAAAUGUAUGAAAAAAAAUCUGAAAAAAAUAUUAAUCCAAUAUGAUUUUACAGCAGAAAAAGUAGUUUUGGCCACUGGGAGGCGCCAAAGGCAGUUUUUCAUUAAAUCUGAUGCUACAGAAAAACUUAAAAUGCAUUUGAGUCAAUUAUAUUACUAAUCUCUGACAUAUUCAAGACUUAAAUACCCUGCAAGAGAUUACCAGUUUUUUGAUUAUGUUUUAUAUAAAAAAUUGGUCAUUUUCCUUCCAUUUUUUUUGCUUUUUAAGUGACUUUUUGUCUUAAAUUUGCACUUAAAGGAUUAAAAUUUUGGUUUUCAAUGAAACAUUUGCUAGUUUCGAACAGGGCAGAAGUAAAAUAAGAAAUGUAUGAAAAAAAAUCUGAAAAAAAUAUUAAUCCAAUAUGAUUUUACAGCCGACAAAUCAAGUGGCUUUUGACAGCCACGAGGGACUUUAAAGGAAGUUUUCCUGUCCUGGCUUUAUUAUUGACCUGGUGAAAAUGUUGAAUUCAUGUUUCCAAAUAAAAUGUCAAAUUAAGCUUAGAAAAAAAAAAUUCAUCACAUUUGCUGCAGUAAAAAAAAAAGUUAUAUCCAAAUUAGUCUCUAGUUUUAUCACCAAAUGGCUGUGCUUUGUGUUCAUGAGGGUCACCUCACGGACAUCUUCGUCGUUGUAACGUGAACGACCGCACAGAAAGAUCGGAUUGAACAAAGAAUCCGAUUUUUUUAAAAUCGUCAUUUUUAUUAUUUUAAACAAGAAAAAAAAAAGUCACGUUCUUCGGGUCCUUCUGGAGCACUUUCGCCCCCCUGUAGCACCGUCACUCUACCUGUAGAGGGGGACACCCCCUCUUCGCCUCCACUUUGAUGUCGACCACGUCGGUCCGACCUUCUGAGGCGACUUUAUUCACAACAUCUGCAGCAUCAUGUCUCUUCAACCUGACUCUGUACCCGCCAACUACGACAUUUCUCCGUGUGUCCAUCUCGCCUUUUAGCGUUUCGAUCUCACGUUCAGUAAAAUGUCUCUUUUUCGCCCGUUUUCCGUCAUUAUUGAAUAUUCAUACAGGGCGUUCACCCGCCCUCUUAUAGGAACAAAAUGGGCGGAGCAAAGCGUUCUCUCAUGUGCGACAACUUUAGAGUUGAUUGUGAUUUAUAAACAGAAACAGGCGUGCGGCAUGCGUGCACAUUUCCUGCGUUUCCGGCGUACGCCACCUGUCGUGAUCUUUCCUACGCACAGUUUUUUUUUUUUUUUUUUUAAUAAUCAGAUUUUAUUCCAUUUUUCGAACAUAACAACAAUACAGCAUUGCAUACAUCAAUAAGGUCUGAGCAAGUGGAAACAAAUGAAUAAGCAGAACUCAGUAAAAAAAAAAAAAAUAUAUAUAUAUAUAUAUAUAUAUAUAUAUAUAUAAAAUAAAAAAAAAAAAAAAUAAAAAAAAUAAAUAAAAAAAUAAGAAAAUAAAAAAUAAAUAAAAUAAAAAAUAAAUAAAAAUAAAAAAUAAAAAAAAAAAUAAAAUAAAAUAAAAAAAUAAAAAUAAAAAAUAAAAUAAAUAAAAAGGGGGGGGGAUAAAAAAAUAAAAAAAAUAAAAAAUAAAAAAUAAAAAGGGGGGGGCACAGUUUUAUAAACGAGGACCCGGGUCGUCUCCUGACCCCUGCCCCAGAUCUCCUGUCCCUUCUGAGGACUUUGCUGAAGCAGCUGAACCACCUCCUGUUCUUUCUGGUUUCUCGUUCAGGAAGGACCACAAGAUGGCGCUGAUCCAGAUGGGCUCGGUGGAGGAGGCCAUCGAGUCCCUCAUCGAGUUCCACAACCACGACCUGGGAGAGAACCACCACCUGCGAGUGUCCUUCUCCAAGUCCUCCAUCUGAGCCCUCAGACCCCCAGCAGGGUCUGAUCCACUACACUCCAAUCAUUCCAACACGUCUGCAGAACCACCGCCGGGUCUGGUGCGGUCUUAGAUUAUGAUCCUGAAACUCAUUGGACUGUCAGUCAGAGAGGAGAGGAGAGGAGGAGAACAUCAGCGGGUGUGAAUAAAGUCCGGGUUCUGAGUUCUGCUGGAGAACUUCUCUGUAGAUUAUAAUCCUGGUCCUUUGACUUUAAUCCCAGAAGCAGAGAGUUAAAGUCAGCCUGGCGGACUCUCUCUCUGGAGCUCCGGUUCUGCAGGUUCUGACCGUGUGGACUCAGAGUUCUGCCUUUACUCUCAGACCGUCAGGUUUCCGCUCUCCUGUCCUGAAGAUCCGCUCUGACACCUCGGCCCCAUCCCGGGUUACCCUCAGACGGCGUUAAUCCGGCGGUGGUUCGGCCUUCAGAUAAUCCCUGUGCCUUAUUCCUGAAGUCAGAUCCACCUCGGCUCUGACGUGUAAAAAAAAAUCUCCCAUCAUGCCUCUGUAAAUGGUCCCAGAUCAGGUUUACAGAAGAAAAGGUUUACUGUUGCGGCGUCUUACUUUGUAUUUUGGCGUAUUUCCUGGUUGGCGUUGAUGUGGGCGUGUUUUGUACUGCUGGUUACUGUCAAACAUGUGAACUGUGUUUUUGCCGUUGGGUUUGUUGGGUCUGUAGUUUUUUUGUUUCUUUGACUUCUUUUAUUUCCACGUAUGCAAUCGUUUUAUUCCGAUAAUCAGAUAUCGUAGCAAUAUUUUAAUCAUUCCUGCUCUUUGGUUUGUCGGGUUUUUUGCUGUCUCUGCGAGUUCGUCUCGGUUCCUUCUACGAUCUCUUCGGUUUCUCUCGCGUUGUUCUGUUGAAUCCCGAUGUGUCGGCUUGUCUUGUCUGUCGCGUUGCAUCUCUGAACGGUUUUAUUUAUAAGUUCGUGAUCCACUACAGCUGAAACCAAAAACGGCCUUCUCGAUGCAAACAAAGUUGCCUGCCUCAGGUUUCUGGUUGGAGGGACUAAAAACCCGGAGACGGAGGGCCCGAUCCGGCUCCGACCGUCUCCUCCUGUGGGAAUGUUUCCGAAUUUCUCGCCCGCUUCACGGGACUCGGCCCCGCCGGUGCGACUCCAGUCUCUUUUGCAAAACCAGACGUAAAGUGGAGUGCCUUCAAGUCGUACUUCAGGUGUUCGUUCCUCGUCGUUCUGAGAGUCUGACGGAGGAGAAGCCCGUCACAAACGUAGGAAACCGGAAAGUUCUGGUUCUGGUUUAUCUGUGUCUUAAUAUUAUUGUUACGUCGACAUUCCAGCUGCUCCGACGUCCACCUGAACCUCACCUGUCUGAGCCGACAGGUCCGCAGCCGUGAUGCAUUCAGGUCACCUGGGAGACCCGGAAGAGCUCAGACUCUUUGGGGAUGAAGAUCCUGAAUCUCUGUGGAUGAAACUUCAGAUUUCACAGUCAGACUCGUCUUAUCGGACCCUCAUCGAAGUCUGAGCGCCGCUAGAGCGUCCUGGUCCGAGUGAGGUUUCAGGGGUUCCUCGCUGUCCGGUUUCUCAACGCCCUCUCAUCCAAGUCCAGUCAAAGAUUUAAUCCAAACACGUUAGAGUCACGGAUUACUUCAAAUCUACGGAGACCAAACGCUCUCGCUCGAGUUUUCUGUGAUCCGUCUGACCACGAAGGAGCGCCAUCUUCUUCCUCAUCAGUCAGACGCCAUCAGGACCGCCUGAUGAACCAAAGUUUGAACGUCCGUAACAGAACCGCUCGUCUCUGUUUCAUAAAACAUGAAAUUAAAGAUGUCGAAGAAGACAAACGUUUGGUUGGAGAGGAGCGACAGGCUGGAAGCAAACCUCUGACCGGACCACUCCACACGGGACACGUAGCGUCGAAAAACCUCCCCGUUUCUCUCGUGUCUGCCUGAAACUCUUCUGUUUCGGCCGCUCGGCUGUGGGUGUUACUUUUUACACAGCUCUGGAGUCGCGAAACUAAAGUUCGGUCCAAAGGAAGAAACAGUCGGAGGUCCGUGAAGGUCCAAGUUUCAGGUCAAAAUGACGACAUUCGAUUUUCCCAGGCGGCUUGAAUGCAUCACAGACCUUCAGGUGAGACAGGUGAGGCGGGGAGGGACCAGAGGGCGAGCGGCGGGGGAGGGGUGACGAAGUGUACAUAAGUGUUUUAUACCACAGCGAGCCGAAGGUUGGUUUUAUACCUGACGAUGACGACGAUGACGGUGGUGAUGAUGGUGAUGAUGAUGAUGAUGAUGAUGAUGAUGAUGAUGGUGUAAAUUUUGAUCCAUGUGUGCGACGGUUCUGAGCCUUACACUGUUUGUGUCACAAAGAAAAAAAACUGAUUAAAUCACUUUUUAUCUAAAA